AUGCUUGCCGCUCUCCGAUACGAGGACUACACAAUAGGAUGGAUAUGCGCCCUCCAUGUUGAGGCACUCGCUGCAAGAUUCAUGUUGGAUAAACGACACGAUGGCGUAUUUCCGGGUAGACAUGGAGACGACAACAACUACAUAGCGGGCUCUAUCGGCAGCCACAAUGUUGUUCUAGCUGGUCUGCCUACAAGGUCAAUCGGUACUGUUCCUGCAGCCAUACUCGUGUCUCAGAUGAGGCAAAGCUUUCCAAAUUUGCGCUAUGGCUUGAUGGUCGGCAUUGGUGCUGGGGUGCCUGGGCGACACCUGAAGCCUGAUGUGCGUCUCGGCGAUGUUGUGGUAGCUGCGCCAACAGAGGAUUCCGAUGAUGUGCAAUGUGUUAUAGGCUACGAACUCGGAAAAGAGACGGCUGGUGGUUUUAUCAAGAAGAAUUGGCUUUACCCCACGGACUUGCGAUUGCGAACGGCCAUCUCAACCAUCCAAACAGAGACUGAGUUCACUCGCUCCCACGGCUUUUUGAAGCACCUUGACGUGUUUCAAACGAAACCCGAAGGUCGAAAGUUUCUAUUUCCAGGCGUGGAUAAUGAUCAACUGUACGAAGCAGAAGAAGCGGACGACAAGUAUUCGCUGGUAGCACGAAAUCCCCGAGACAGUCAGGAUCCUGUUGUUCAUUACGGACGUAUUGGAUCUGGAAAUAAAGUUAUUAAAAAUGCAAAACUUCGCGACGAAUUAAGGGACAAGUACAACAUAAUUUGCCUUGAGAUGGAAGCAGCCGGUCUCAUGAACACAUUGCCUGUUGCCGUCAUACGAGGAAUCUGUGAUUAUGCCGACUGUCAUAAAAACGACACGUGGCGUCACUAUGCCGCCGCAACGGCUGCCUCAUAUGCGAAAGAGCUGCUCUAUGCCAUUGGUGCAGACCCUCCAGCUAAUCCUCGUCUCGGCGGAGUUCUUUGUGCAGAUGAAACAAAAUUCUUGCAAUCGCUCUACAAAUCAGACUAUAAAUCGCAUGGAAAAAGGAACCCAGAUCGAGUACCAGGAACGUGUGAGUGGUUCUUACGGCAUCCAAAAUAUCGGCGCUGGCGUCAGGAGCGACAAUCAAGUCUCUUAUGGGUGUCGGGGGACCCUGGAUGCGGAAAAUCUGUCCUGGUCUCGUUUCUUUUGGGUGAGCUUAAGAGCGACAAGUCUCAAGCUAUCCUUCCUGGCACAGUCUGCUUUUUCUACUUCAAAGAUGACAACGACAAGCAAAAUAGCGCAACUAGUGCUCUUUGUGCAAUACUGCACCAGCUUUUUACUACAAAGAAGUUCCUUGUCAAACACGCUAUGCCAGAGUAUGAGAACAAGGAUCAAAAGUUUACUAAUGAAUUCAGCACUUUAUGGGAUAUCUGCACAACAGCUCUAAAUGAUGCCGAUUGUGGAAAUUUUAUAUGUGUUUUAGACGGAUUAGAUGAGUGUGAGUUGCUGACUCGAAACCUUCUCAUUGACUCCUUGAUCAAGUUUUUCUCGGCAUCCGGGAGCCGAGAUACAAACUCCUUCUCAAAGUUCAUCGUUACGGGUCGUCCGUACGGCACAAUCGAAAGACGAUUCCAUUCGCCUCGUACAACUGCGCCACCAACAAUUAGAUUGAAGAUGGAAGACGAGACUACAGCCAUCAGUCGUGAUAUUGAACUUGUCGUCAAGGCCAAAGUUGAGGAGAUUGGACAUAUCAAGUCUCUGCCUGCAUCUGUCAGAGCUGACCUACAGAAACGUCUCAUUAGCAACGCUGAUCGGACAUUCUUGUGGGUAUCUCUUAUUCUGCAGAUGGUCGAGGAGAGCGCCCGGGUGUCCCGGGCAGCAGUAAAUGACAUCGCCACCACCAUACCCGGCACCUUGCAUGCUGUGUACGACAAAAUUCUACGUCAUGUCUCCAACGACGAAGCUUCUCGAAAACUCCUUCAUAUAAUUGUUGCUGCAGUGAGGCCACUUUCGCUCGAAGAGAUGAACGUAGCAUUGAACAUCACACGCUGCGACCACUUGAACGAAGACUUAGAUCUUGAACCGUCUAUUCAUAGCACAAUCAAAGAAUUGUGUGGACCUUUAGUCAAAAUCGUAAACUCGAAGGUUUACCUCGUCCACCAUACGGCAAAGGAGUUCUUGACCAGAUCCAAUGGUGAAAAGGACAUGAGCCUGGGACCGUGGAAGCAUUCACUAUAUCUAAAUGAAUCGAACCUCAUCCUCACGGAGGCCUGUACUUGGUAUUUGCUGUUCUCUCAUUUUCAGGACCAUCCCCUUGAAAUCAAUCUCAGGUUACCCUCGUUGGACAUUGAAAGUCAAGUGGAUCAAUAUGCCAGGAGACAUAAUUUCUUGGACUACGCCGCAAAGAAUUGGGCUACUCACUUUCAACAGACUGGUAUACAAGAAAAUGCAUUACUCAAGAAGACAAUACUAGAUGUUUGCGAUUCACAAUCGCAGCGAUUCAGGACUUGGUUCUGGGUGUAUCAAAGUAACACUGACGUGUAUUUCCCGCCAUGCACAUGUCCCAUGGAUCCUAUGAUAAGGUCCUCCUUCCGCGUCGAAGUCAUCAAACGGUCGCUGCAACCAAAGAAGGCCUUUAAAAGUCCAUGGAUUGCUUUGCACUGGGCUGCACGAAGUGGUUACUCGGCGGUGGUACAAGUGCUAUUGGAGAAUGGAGCUAGCGCGGCGUCUAAGACUCAUUCUGGAUGGACAGCAUUAUGUUGGGCAGCAUCAACCGGACAUCGGGACAUCGUGAAGCUGCUUCUCAAUAAGGGAGCCGAUGUGAGGACCAAGACUGCCUUUGGCUGGACACCAUUGCACCUAGCUGUUGGGAACGGCCAUAUGUCAGUAGUACAGUUGCUCUUGGAAAAUGGAAGCGAAAUAGACGCGAAGGAUCCUGACGGCUGCACGGCGUCACAUCGAGCGCUAGAUAUGGGGAGAAAUACUCUGCUGCAUAGUGCGGCUGCAUCAGGACAAGAGGAAAUAGUGCGCCUCCUUCUUCGCAACGGAGCCAACAUGGCCUCCAAAGCUGAGAAUGGAGAGACGGCUCUACAUAAAGCGUCCGCGUCAGGGAGCAAGGCAAUUGUGCGAAUGCUACUGGAUGGUGGAGCCGAAAUCAACUGUUCUGAUAACGCUCAAAGAACCGCACUACACUAUGCAACCAAAGUCGGGGAUGAAGAUAUCGUGCGGCUUCUUCUGGAUGGGGGGGCCGAUGUUGCUGCCAAGGACAUGUGUGGAGGGACCGCACUGCACUUGGCGGCCGAAUCAGGAAAUGAGGCAACCCUACGGAUUCUCCUUGAGACGGGUAUCGAUGUGAUGGAAAGGAACGCAUUGUCUGGAGAGACGGCUCUACAUAGGGCUGCUGGAAAUGGACACGACACGGUUGUGCGACUCCUGCUGGAGGAGGGAGCCCUCGUAAAUGCGAAAGAUGUAUACGGAGGAACGUCACUACACUGGGCAUUUGACUCCGAAAAUGGCGCUCUAAUACGGCUGCUCUUGAAACAAGGGGCAGACACUAACGCCACUACGAUAAACGGAGGAACAGCAUUGCACAGAGCGGCAUGGAAUGGGAAUGUGACGGCAGUGCGGAUGCUGAUUGAGAAUGGGGUUGAUAUCUACCACGAAAACAGGAUUGGAGAGACAGCAGCGAUGCUGGCAGUUAUGCCAGGAUAUGAGGACAUCGUGCGGUUACUAUUAAAACAGCCAACACGAGAUCUAGGAGACGACAUGAUUGCUAUGAAUGCAGCAGGUUUGCCACAUCUUAAAUGGGCAGCAAGACGAGGACAUAAGGCGAUAACGGAGCUCCUACCUAUGAAAGGGGUCGAUGUUAAUGAAAGUGAUUUCAUAGGAUUGAUAACACUACACCAUGCUAUUUCAAGUGGAAACAAGAAGAUGGUGUUGAUAUUGCUAGAGAAGGGGACCGACGUCAAUACAAGAUAUUUGACAGGACGGACAGCAUUACAUGAAGCUGUAUUAACUGGGAAUAGGGAGAUAGUGUCACUCUUGCUGGAAAAAGGGGCAGAUAUUAAUGCAGCAUACCAGGGAGGAUGGACAGCAUUGCAUGAGGCCGUAUUAACUGAGAAUAAGGAGAUAGUGUCAUUCUUGCUGGAAAAGGGCCGAGAUAUCAAUGCAACAUAUCAGGGAAGAUGGAGAGCAUUGCACGAGGCCGUAUCAACUGGAAAUAGGGAGAUAGUGUCGCUGUUACUAGAAAAGGAGCCACGUAACGAUAUGGUAUAUUUGACAGGAUAG